AUCCCCUGCUAAUCUUACUUUGGAAUAUGUACGUAACGAUCUUGGAAUUGAUGAAAAUCACAUACCAUUAUUAAAUAUCAACUCUGCAACUGUUCCCGGAGCUGCUGCAGGAUGGGUUGACACUAUUAAUUGGUUUGGGAGUGGAAAUUUAAAAUUGGCAGAAAUUUUACAACCCGCAAUUGAUUUGGCUGAAAACGGAUAUCCGGUAUCAGAAAUAAGUGCUUGGAUAUGGAAAGUUGGUGAAAGUGACCUCCUUAAUGCUUCAACAAAUGGAUGUGAUAUGCUGAUUGAUGGUCGUGCUCCAAAAUGUCGAAUUGCUCAAGCCAUUGUUGAGACUGUACAGUCUAAAGGAGGAGUUAUGUCUUUAGAUGAUUUGGCCUCUCACACUUCUACCCGCGUAGAUCCUAUUAGCAUUAAUUAUAAAGAUGUAACCAUAUGGGAAUGUCCGCCCAAUGGACAGGGUAUCACGGCUCUUAUCGCUCUUGGUAUAAUUAAGUCACUUCAAGAAAGUGGUAAAAUAAGAGAUCUUAGCGAAAUGACGCAUAAUUCAGCAGAAUAUUUACAUGUUGUGAUUGAAAGUUUACGAUUGGCAUUCGCAGAUUCUACAUAUUAUGUGGCUGAUCCUGACUUUUAUGAUAUGACGAAAAAACUCUUAUCAAAGGACUAUCUUUCAAAACGUGCACAACUUUUUGAUCCUACAAAAGCGAAUGUUAAUAUUGAUAAAGGGUCACCUGUAAACUCAAGCGACACUGUUUACUUUACCGUGGUUGAUGAAAAAGGAAAUGCGUUACUUUUAAAUCUUCUUCAUCACUCUUGUAAUCCACAAACCGCCCUCGAUUCCCCACGAAUCUUAAUCGAACCGCAUAUAACGUCUUUGAUCGAUAAGUCUUCAAUUUCUUAUGUAAGUAUUGAAGAUGGUAUAUCUGAGGAUGUUAUAAAUAAAUUGAGAGAAUUGGGUCAUCAUGUUAAGGUAGUUAAAGGUUUUCAAAGAUCAAUAUUUGGAAGGGGUCAAAUUAUCGAACAAAAAAUUGAUCCAAAAACUGGAAUGAGAGUUUGGGCAGCUGGCAGUGAUUUUAGAGGAGAUGGACAUGUAAUUGG